AUGAGUUCCUGUUACGAUGAAACCACUAAAAAAUAUAAACUAAAAAGAAUCGAUGUGAAAACUUUGAUCACAAAUGCCAGAAAUGUUGCAUCAAAGACUGGUGACACCAUUCUAGCACUAACCGGGUACAUAAGACCUAGAUUACCAUACAUAGAUGAUGUAGAAGUCUAUAAUUUGAUACCUACCAAUUUUGCUUUUCAAGAUGACACUGGAAUCAUAAAAUGUGUAUUAAAUUUUAAAUGUUCUUUUCCAAUAUUUAUAAACGAAAAAGUUGUUCUGUUAAAUUGGUCAUUUAUUAAGUAUGGAAAACUAAGAGGUGGACAGUUUGAAAUAAUGUAUUUAGAAAUUAAUAUGAUUAAAUCAGUCUGUCAUAAAAUGCCAUCAUUGCUGAGCGAUAAUACAACUUAUUUAACCAUAAAUAAUGCUCACAAACUCCUAAAAGAUUACAUAAAAAUGAUUAAAAGUGAACCUGAAAUUAGUGCUACAACGGUAGAUAUUGAAGUUAAUUUAUUUGGGGAAGUUGUGGAAAUUAGUCAGCUGAUGAGGUCCAGGCCAGAUCAAUAUGUGUUCUUUGUGUGGUUGAAAAAUGUUACCACCACCACUAUUAGUACUAGUGGUAAUAAUAAUAAUAAUAAUGCUGCUGCUAGUCGAACUACAGCUACUAGCAGUAAUACUCCUUCUGCUUCUGGUUCUAAGUUUGCAUCAGCUAAAAUUCGUUCUAAGACAGCUAACAAUGAUAACAACGGCAACGAUGAUGAUGACAGCACUUCAAAAGAUGAAUUAGUUUUGAUGUGUUGCAGUGUAAACGAACGAACCUGGUGCCACAGCUUGAUUCAUGCAGACAAUUCUUACAGUUUCAGUCGUUUAAAAAUUUCCAAAAUAUCCGUCAAGUCUGAAGAUUAUUUGGUCUAUAUUUUCACUCCGAGGACGAGCGUUACUCAAUUAGAAAUCAACUCGAAAUCGGAACAGCCUUUGCUAAAAAUGGCUGACAACAUCGAAAUAUUGAAUAAAUAUCGACUUGCUGCAAAAAUGACUUCAACGAAAACCAAAAGCGCCGUCUCAACUAACAUUAAUCCCGUCAUCCUAACAGCUGGAGAUGGUCCACGAAAGUUAUCCCUACCCAAAUAUAAAACUCCGGACUUGGGAAAAAAUUUCACGUUAAUCGGAAAAGUGACGAAUGAUGCGUGGACGAAGUUUGGCAUCAUCGAAAUGGGGAAGAAUUUUUUGGUUUAUACGCACAACGUCGGCGUUGGUAACUGCGAGUAUGUCAGGGAUGGCUGUAUCGUCGGAGUCGAAUGUGUACAAAAAUAUCUCGUAGACGAUAACGAUGAUGACUGUGAUGACGCCGAUUACAAAGACAUCAUUAUUAUUAGCAACAACAGCAGCAUCAAUGGUAGCAGCAGCAUCAACGAAUUUAGAAAUUCGGUAAACAUGGAUGUAGACGACGGCUAUAACAUUUUAGAAAAACAAUUAAAGUCAAGGAAAAGUAGCAUUUCAAAAACAAGUGAAAAUGCAAGUAAACGUAAUGAGUCAGAAAGAAAAACAUUCUUCAUAGGUACAAGCAGUACCAAAAUCACCGUCCUUUUUUAUCCACCACCGCCUGCAACGGCAGCACUCUGCGACAUGAAAUUCGGCCAAGUUGAAGAGCAAACGCAACAUCGUCUAAUCUCGGAGAUCAUUGACAAGAGUACGUCCCUAAACGUCCCGCAAGUACAAUUAGUGUUAAUAGCGACGGCCAUUCCGAAGUUGCAAUUUUCUCCGAGUAUCAUUCGGCAUGAUUGCUACAAGACUUAUUUCAAUAUUUUUGCUAGUAAGUUAUUCACUGAAUGUUCUGGCCAUGUGGUCGAUGACGAUAAUAAUGAUGAUAAUAAUAGUAAUAAUAAUGCAAGUAAUAAUAAUAAUAAUUUUUCAAAUAAAAUAUUUUCUUUAUCUGCACCAAUUAAUUACGUUGGUUAUAAUAGCUGUGGCUCGAAGUUUGCAGAUUUUUUCAUAAGAAAUGAAAAGCAUACAUCAGAUGUCGUAACAACAGGAAGCUUUACUGCCACUACUAUAACCAAUUCUGCUACUGUUAUUGCUACUAACAAUAAUGUUAUUUAUCCUUCGCUUUUCACAACAGCAACAACACAUGCUAAUAAUGUUGACAACAAUGCUACCAACAACAAAAUCGAAUGCAAAAUCACGUUAGAUCUAGAGAAAAGGCAAUCAUUCACAUUCCUGACGAUUGAAACUCUCCUGAAAUUAGUGACGACCGAUAAAGAUAAAUUUAAAUCUCUAGAUGGCACUAAGAAUUAUUGGUCCUGCAUUGGCUUAUCAAGUUUAGAGCUAGACACGAAGGUCUACGUGGCAGGUCUUCUACAAUUCGAGGCAGAGAACGGUAAUGUUAUAUUAAAAGAUCAAACUGGUUCAGUCGAAUGUGUAGUAACCGAACUAAGCGACGGUGGUAGUCCCGAGUCUCAUCACUGUUUCCUAUCCGGAAACUGCAAAACGGAUUGUUACAUGACGGAUUCGGUUGUAGAUCAGAAGCCCAAUUGCCCUUACGUUAACUGCAACCAUCGAAACUGUCUGAUUAGAGUCGAUAGAUUUUGUUUGAUUGAAGAAAAAUUUACAAUAGCAGAUGUUCGUUCGUCGAAUGAACUGAUUAGAUGUUAUUUAGUGUUCAGCGCUAAAGAUAUCGUAUCUCUCGGCCCUUUGGAAUUUAUAAAUUACGGCCUAACUUUAUUUCCGUACAUUCCCAGUGAUAAGGAUGUACCUAAAUUUGAUAAUGUUCUCGAUCACGUUGUGUCGUCGCAUUUAACACCUUAUCAGAUGCACAUAAAUGUCAAUAGGUUGGAAAAUAAUCCAGGAGAUCAUUCGAGGUUCUUGUUCCAGGUGCUUUUCAUGAAUGAUUUCCUUCAAGAUUUACUGUUUAAAAAUAGAUUAGUUGGAAAUGCUGAAGCGCCAGCAGUAACAACGGUCGAAAGUGAAACUAGAGAUAAAUGUACAUGCGUUUAUGAGUUGAUGGCGUUAGUUGAACACAAAGGCGAAAUAAUGACUGAGGUUGCCGUUGUCGAAAUUGGUUCUGCCAAACAUCAAAAUGUAAAUAACAACAACAUCAAUGUCAACAGAAGCAACAACAACAACAAAAACGACAACAAUAAUAAUAAUUUUAACGCCCCUGAUUUCGAUAGCAUGCCUUUUGAAUCGACUACCGAUUUGCAAUUUUCAAUUAGUGCCUGGUUCCUGAAAGAUGAAUUUAAACUGUGUACAAAUUGUUGUUCGGAUAAUGAUGGAAUUAACAACAAAAACAUCAACAACAACAUCAACAACAACAUCAACAACAACAUCAACAUCAAAGACAUCAACAAAAUAUUAAUAAAAUUUUCAAAAAAUUCUCUGCAAUGGCAUGCAUCCAUCCACCCUGGUUCUGUAUACAUCAUUCAAUCUACAGGAGUUCACGCUAUGAAAAUUAAAAAUCAAAUGCAGCAAGUAAGCAACAUCGAUCUAAUUUCGAAGUCAAAUAGUCGUAAAACAAAUGAUGUCAAAAAAGGUUUCAAAUAUACCCUUGAAAUCAAGGAACCUUUUUGUACAGACUGGAUCAGAUGUUACAAAAAUUGGCAGUCAUAUCUGACCAACGUCGAAUCUGACGACGAUGACAAUCGUAAUCAGAACCCUGAUGAUUAUAUAUUACAUAAAAAAAUUGAUCUAAUACUAAAAGAAUUUAUUAACAAGUUGGUGAAAUGUGAGAAUGUGGAAAUCAGUGGUGCUGACGGAAUUAGUGAUAGGUUCGUCAAUCUCGUGGGGGUCGUUACUUCAAAGAAAUUCAUUCCGCACAAAAUUCCUGUUGACAAAUUGAUUGAAUAUUUUAAGAAUAAUAGUAAUAAUAAUAACCAAUAUAAUAAUAACCAAAACAGUAUUAAUAGUGGUAAUAAUUUUAAUGAGGACGCUGAAUUAGAAACAAUGUCAGAGGCAUAUAAAGACAUUAAAUCGAAUAAAGUUAUGGUUUGCUAUGGGAAAGUUCUCAAUGAGUAUGUUACAGUUACCGCUUCUUCUACUGCUGUUACUACAGCUACUACUGCAGCUGCUACUACAGCAGCUGAAACGUGCAACACUCUCACGUUUCAAGGUCUCAAAACUCAUCAAAUUAACGGCCAUUUUAUGAAGAAGACAGGGAUUGGAGUGCCAGAGGCGCGAAAUAUCGUCAUCGAAUUAAAAAUUCACCAGGUUGAUAGGCCAGUCCGGAUCUUCAUUUCUGAUACCUACUGCCUGAAAUAUAAACUAGGCCUUUUAACUAAUAGCCGCGUGUUGUUUCGUAAUCUGAAAAAUUGUUCGGAUCCUUUAAAGAAAUAUUGGUUUUUUGUUUUCACUAGUCUAUCGUCUGUAUCUCUUCUGGAUUUUCCGCGAGAAUUUAAUUUGAAAAUGGAUUCGCGCUCUGAUGAGGUUGACGUGUGUUACUUGGAGACAUUAUUUGAGAAAUUUGGUUACUUCAACAGCGCACCGUCCAGUACUGACGACCAUAAGAAUGAUAGAAGAAAUGAAGACGACGACAAUGAGGAUGCCCCUUCAAUGAAAAAUCAGAAAAACUCGAUACAAGUGGAUAAGAAACGUUCUUUGUUAUCAAUCAGAAAAGAUGUUUUCAAACAUCUAGAAAGUUCCUUGGGCCCCAAGUUUGAAGCACAUCCUUAUGUCGAGCGUUUUUAUUUCCGCAGUCUCUUCUACAAAAAAGACAAUUCGAUGCACAAGAGCUGGAAUUUAUACGAAGCAACUAUUGAUAAAGUUAAUAAGCUCGAAUUAGGUUUUACGUGCGAGAGACACAUCGAUAGAAAUAUUUUCCUACCCAAUAAAUGUCCUUUUUGUGAAGAAACGGCCACGUUUUUUCAGGGUAUAAUGGCGGCGGAAAUUAGUGACGGAACGUGCAAAAUUUUCGUUAACUGCCACCCUAAUCAGGUUAAAAAUAUCUUGGGGGUCACAGACCAAGGAUGGGCAGAAUUGAGUAGAUUAGUUGAAAAUUGUCAGAACAGAAGGUUGCACGUUGUGGUUCGUAAGGAUGAAUGUGAUUACGACGAUGAUGGAGAUGAUGAUGAAAAGAAUGAUUUUGCCGCACAUGUUUGUGGUGUGGAGAAAGAUCUCACGAUUUUUUUACGACGACUUCUACAAUCGCCAAUAGUAACAAGAAGAUUUAUAUUCUCGGUACAGAGUUACAGAGCCUUCAUUGACCAGAAAGGCAACAAAAACCACAGGGUUCGAUACGGUCCAUGUCCGAUCGAUCCUAUUUCUACUUUUGCUACUACUACUGCUGCUGCUGCUACUACUGUUGCUACAAACACUGCUGCUACUACUGUUACUAACGAUGACGACUGGUUAGUAAACAGCAAAAAUGAGUAUAAAACCUCAAACAUCGAUUUGACUGAGUACAGCAACAGACUGUUGUUGUACAACAUGCGGCUGUCUUACGAUGAUUUCAACAACAACAACAGUAACAAUCAUAAUAAUAAGCAAAUGAGUAAACCAGGCGAAAGAUUAUACACAGCUUCGACAGAAAUAAAAAAUUUCAGCAACAACAAAAAUACCGAUCCUUACAGCAGCAAGAACGACUCCUUCUCCGGCAACCAAAUUUCACUAGACUUCAAUGAUUACAUCUCGGAUGAUCAUUGCACAGAUGUUCCAAAUUCACUGCCAGAAGGCUGCAAAACAAAAAAUGAUAAAUUCGCAACGUCUAUUAACCUAAGACCCACAAGGAUCCAGCUAGAAAUGGGCACUAUCGCCGAGAGACAGAGGGACCUAAGAAAGUACUGCUUCGAGAUGAUAAACCGAAUUAAGCGUGUUCCCCCCUACUGGAGUAAAACGGCCUCAUCGAAAAUUAGCGAAUUACGGAAUGUGAUCAUCAACGACGACGACGACGACGAUGGUGAUGAUGAUGAUUGUUAUGAUGAUGGUGAUAACAAUAAUGUUGAUGAAGCUAAUUACAAUGGUGAUGAUGAUUUCGAUGAUAAUUAUGAUGAUGAAAACGAUGUGUGCGCGGUGGAGAUUGAGUAA